AUGCCGCGCCCGCCAUGCCGCGGCGCUCUCCUCUUCGCUCUCCGCCCCAGCGCGCGGUGGGCACCCUCCUAUGGCAUCUACCGGACCGCCUCGCCGCUCCUCGUCCGCGGACCAGCAGGCGUAGCAGCAGCAGCUAGCCCGUCCUCGUCCCGGACGCUUCUCACGAUCGCCAUCGAGACGUCGUGCGACGACACGGCCGUGGCGGUGCUCUCGCGGUGCCGCGCCACGGGCCGCGCCGCGCUGCUCUUCAACGAGCGCGUCUCGUCGGACAACCGCGCCUUUCGCGGCGUGAACCCCGUCGUGGCGGUGCAGGGCCACAAUGCGUCGCUGGGGCCACUCGUGAGGCGCGCGCUGGCGGCGCUGCCGGAUGCUGUGGACGAUGGCUCUACGACGACGACGGCGACGGCGACGGUGGAGGCGGCGACGAAGAGGGAGUGGGUAGGAGCAGUGACCGCGGAGUCUAGGCGCACCGUCGACGUGGACGGCAGGAAAAAGGCCCUGCCGGAUUUCGUGUCCGUCACGCGCGGGCCCGGCAUCAUGGCCAACCUUGCCGUCGGGCUCAACGUCGCCAAGGGCCUCGCCGUGGCGUGGGGCGUGCCCCUGCUCGCGGUGCACCACAUGCAGGCGCACGCCCUGACGCCGCGGCUCGUCGGCGCGCUGGGCAUGGACAUGGCCAUGGGCGGCAGCGGCAGCGGUAACCGGGUCUCCAGCUCCAACUUUAGUCCUGCUCCCAAUGAGAGCAGCAAAACGACAGCAAUCGGUGGCGACAGCGGCAGCAGCGGCACCGGCGCCGCUCCAGACUUCCCGUUCCUGUCGCUCCUCGUCUCCGGCGGGCACACGCAGCUCGUGCACUCGGCCUCGCUGACGGACCACCGCAUCGUCGCCACCACGGGGGACAUCGCCAUCGGCAACCUGCUCGACCAGACGGCGCGCGUCAUCCUGCCCGAGGACGUGCUGGAGGCGAGCCCGGACGUCAUGUACGGGCGCCUCCUCGACGCCUUUGCGUUUCCCCCUUCUACCGGCAACGGCAACGACAACGGUCGCGACGACGGCGUGGCAGCCCAGCACGAGGCCUUCUUCCGGCCCGCCGCCUCGCGCGCCGACGAAAUCGCCGACGUCCCCUCGGGCUACGACUGGACCGUGCCGCUGCCCUUCCGCAACUCGCGCCGCCUCGCCUACUCCUUCAGCAGCAUCCACACGCACGUCCACCGCGUCGCCGCCCAGCGCGGGCCGCACAUGGACCUGGCCGAGCGGCGCGCCCUCGCGCGGCACACCCUCCGCGCCGCGUUCCAGCACCUCGCCUCGCGCCUUGUUCUCGCCCUCGAGGACCGCCCGGAGCUGCUGAUGGGCGACGGCGGCAGCGGCAAGAGCAACGGCAGCCAUAUCGACGGCGGAACAACAACCAUGCUCGUCGUCGCCGGCGGCGUCGCCUCCAACCGCUUCCUCGCGCACGUCCUGCGCACGACGCUCGCCGCGCGCGGCUUCCCGGGCGUGCGCCUCGUCGCGCCCCCCGUCGCGCUGUGCACCGACAACGCCGCCAUGGUGGCCUGGACCGCCAUGGAGAUGUACGAGGCCGGCUGGCGGAGCGGCCUGUCGGCGUGCCCCAUCGGCAAGUGGCCCAUGGAUCCCAGCGUCGGGCCGGGCAUCCUGGGCGUUGACGGGUGGCUCAAGGACGGCGCCGAGGCUUGA